AUGGAAACAGCAUCGUUCCAUUCAGCAAUGUCGAAAACUAUUCCGUUAGAGAAAUGCUUGUUAUCUGUACGUCCUUUGACCGAUGCCUAUGGCGAAUAUCUUAAUCACUUCAAUGUCGCCAGUAGAGCAAAAUGCGAAGCACCUCAGUUCGGAGCACCUGGAGAGAUCGCUCAGCACAAGAAGGCAUAUCCUCAGUUCAUCUUCACUCUGUUAGCUGCUACUGCAGUUAAGGGUUCCCAAAAAGCUCAACCGAUAAUGGAGCCUCUUUCGGGCGAGGCAGUAUUUGAACCUCAAGCCAUGGAUGUUCAACCAAAAACGCAAGACCGAAAAUUUGUUAUUAAUGGCUCAGUUGGAAGCACAAUGGAGAUCUUCUUCACUCCACUUGCUAUUGAAGCACUAGAUCGCUUGCUUGCCGAUGUAUCUAGAUGUGUUGCGUUAAUUCAUCCUUCGAUGCUGGUACAGACGUGUUACCGAGAAUGUGUCAAUAAGCAGCACCGCCAACCUUUGACUGAAUCACUUUUCACGACAAGUAUGUUGAAUACGGAAGUCUAUUCGAAUCUUUCUUUUGACAUGAACACCGAAAAGAGCUGGCUAGAGCUGGCAGCUGGGAAAAGGGUCUUGUAUCAAUAG